GAGAGCACUUCCACGUGUCUGUUGCGACACCGCGUGGCCGCUGACCAACCACUAGCUAAGGUGGUUGUUGACAUGCCAAAGUCAUUUUGAACAGGCGCUUCGGGGUCAGCCACCUGCAGGGGUCCUUCCAUCCUCAACACCGGAUCUGCAAGUGAACAGGGUCAGAGGUCAGGAUGGGUCGCUCCUCCAAAGACAAGCGGGACAUUUACUACCGUCUGGCCAAAGAGGAGGGCUGGAGAGCGAGGAGCGCCUUCAAGCUGCUGCAGCUCGACCACGAGUUCAACCUGUUCACAGGUGAGACCAGCAGGACGCCUACAUUACACCCUCCUGGAGAGGGUAGAAACUACACAGGUAUGGUGGUACACGGCUGUUAUGACACUCUGGUAUUGGAUCAGUACUCGGUGUCGACAGCUCAGGAGAUCAUCCGUCACUUUGAGGGUCAGCCGGCCGACCUGGUGGUGUGUGACGGCGCUCCGGACGUGACCGGGCUCCAUGACGUGGACGAGUACAUCCAGGCUCAGCUCCUAUUGGCCGCUCUGAACAUCACGACUCACGUCCUGAAACCCGGGGGGGCGUUAGUGGCCAAGAUCUUCAGAGGUAAAGACGUGACUCUGCUGUACUCCCAGCUGAAGAUCUUCUUCGGUGGUGUGACCUGCGCCAAGCCUCGCAGCAGCAGGAACUCUAGCAUUGAGGCCUUCGUGGUGUGUCAGAACUACUCUCCUCCUGAAGGUUACGUCCCCAACAUGUCCAACCCUCUGCUGGAUCAUUCCUACGAUGUGGACUUUAACCAGUUAGAGGGUCCGAACCGCAUCAUCGUUCCCUUCCUGGCGUGCGGGGACCUCAGCGCCUUCGACUCAGACAGGACCUACCCCCUACAGCUGGAUGCCGGUAAACAGUACCAGUACACGCCCCCCACCCAGCCGCCCAUACGCCCCCCCUACCAGCAGGCCUGCCACCUCCGCAAAAACAACCUGCUGUCCAAAGAGGACACUCUGUCCACCCGUCCCAACCAGAGCCAAGACGAGACGGAUCCACCGGCCGAGUCCACCUGAUCCGCCCGACAGCUGCGGAUUGGUGGGAAAAGGAACCGAGUUAUUAUUAAAAAUGACAAUUUUGGCAUUUUGGAAAACCUCAAUUCUUUUCCAUCUGAUUAGAAGAUGGAGACCAGUUUCAUUUAUGACCAGGGCUAGGUCCAAAGCAUGUUUAGCCGAGCUAGCUUAGCACAAAGACCGGAGGCAGGACGAAACUACAUGUAGACGUAGAAUAGAAGUUUCCUCCCGCCUCCGGUCUUCGUGCUAAGCUAGGCUAAACAUGCUCGUACCGGAUGGUUUUCCAAGCAGAAGGAUACGUUUUUACUGUUUAGUCUGAUUUUAUGUGAGUCUUUCGUGACAGAUCCUCCAUUGGGGAAUUGUAAACCUUUUUUAAAAAAAUAAAGUAAUUCUUCGGAGGUUAAC